AAGAUUUGUUUAAAAUACAUAUGCUAUGUGAGGUGUAAAUAUAAGUAGUUUUUUUCUCUUAGGACAAGAAGAUUAGGAAACUCCUUAAUGCAUUUAGUCCAAAAUUAAUCUUUUCGCUUGCUUCGGAUGUGGUUAGUAGUAGAGACCACCUCUUGUCGAGACCUCAUGAUGAGGCAAAACGUGCUAAGCUCUGUACCAUCUUCUUCAGACAAAGCGGGUAAGGGAAGUAACGAUAUCAGGUUAGAAUACAGCCUUUAACACUAAGAAAGCUGCGUCCACUCCCACAGUCAUCCUCAGCAAUAUACUGGACCUAUCGUCCAACCACUUUUCCCCACAAUCUCAACAUUUGCGGUUAGUGAUGUGCCGCUCCUGGACAUCCCAUAAGGUUGCCCAUAUGUAAGUGAAACACCAAUACGUUCAACUAAAAGUCAGAAGUGACCUCCUGGGGUGUUAAGAUCAGUUGAAAUACAGUAAUUUAAAAUUUAUCUCGGUUAAUUCCUCAACACUCGAUUGGUUUCAGCAGUAACCCAAGAUAGUAGAGUUUAUCAAGGAGUUUGGACUUAUCACGUUGCAAAAGCGAUCGUACUCCGCAGCGCAAUCCCGAUAAACGUGUUUGUUUACAACAACACACUGGUCAGCCAGCAGCCAGUGUUCUGAGAUAACGAGUCUAGUGAGGAUCGAAGCACGUGGGUAUCCGCAGUACUCCUCAGGGGCUUAUAAUUAUUCAGUCAGAUGAGUUGUUUAGUUCGUGAUUACAUCAGUUAGGUUUUAUUGAUCAUAACUGAACCACUUUAAGUGCAAAUUGGUGACGGUGUACAUUGUUUGUUCGUGUGUGUUUGUUUUCCACUAAAAUGGUGUUGCCGUUUUCUGGGGAAAUUCCUCCAAUCACAGUGGAACUGUGUAGCACCACAGUGAUCGCUUGUAAUUACGCUCGUCCAGAAGUGUACGUCAGAGCCAGGCGCUCUAUAGACGGUGGGAUCAGACGGACUAAACACUUCUGCUCCAAGAACACCGUCACGAACUUUAUACUCACGUACUGUGCACUGGGAUUCGGGUACUUCUACAUUUUGGUGUUUGUCUUGCAAGAUAUCGACGUCGACAAGGGCUUCUGCUUCCCUCUGGUGUUGACUUUGGUGACAGGACUGUUCGUCUGGUUUCCUUUCUACUUCUGGGUGGUCAGAGCUCGGGCUAGUCAACUGUUGGUCAUAGAUUCACGUGAAAUCCAGAGGGUAGAGGAUCCUAUCCCUAUUGAGAUGCCUGUAGAGAAGCCUCCACUGUAUGAAACACUCGUAUUCACAACUCCUGAAUCUGCAAUGGCCUCCUUGCCCCCGCCAUCGUAUGAAGUAGCGAUUCAAGCAUCUGAAAUCCCGCAGAUUCUACAGCCUGAUUACAACAGCAGGGAUGCCAACGUUGCAGCAUCACUGUGCCCAGUACACCAACAGAACAGCACCAGACAUCCAGAUAUUACCCUGUUGAUAUAAGGACCUACCUGAACAAGUGCCUGCCGAAUAGUGAUAUUUUAGUGUAUAUAUAUAUAUAUAUAUAUAUAUAUAUAUAUAUAUAUAUAUAUUUUGCAGGCCCGUGCCUAGGGUUGGUGGCACCCGGGGCAAGCGUAGCCUCGACACCCCCGCGCAGCAACAUAAAUAAAUUUAAAUUCAUAUAGUUGUCUUACCUAAGGAAUCUAUGAAUAUUAUUUACAAUAUAGUAUUCACACACAUUUUUAUUUAAAAUCCAUAUUAUAAUACAAGUAAACGUAGACUCUGGCUGUUAUUGCCACGGUUCAUGUUUCAGCAUAAAACCGCGGUACCCUCCCCCCCUCACCCAGCGAAGCACUCUGUGUAUAAUUUCCGAGAAAGUAAGAGAUUGUGGUAUAACAGAAAAAUUUGUCAAUUCAGAGAACUUGAACAUCAUAAAAUCUAAAAUCAGUUCUCCUUUAAUCAGAGAAGGCGUUCUUUCGUGUACUUAUACACAUUAAAACUUCUGUUUAUCAGUAAAGUCCCACUAGAGUAAAACAAGAUUUGUACAUAAUAAUAAUUUUGUUGUUGUGUUCAAAACUAACUUAACAAAAGCCUCUAUGAUCCUUGCCUCGAAGGAAAGUUAUGACUUACUCUUCAAUAUACAAAAAUGGCGUUCACUUAAUACAAGGGUUUAUUUUCACUUACUGUAACUAAAAAAAUAAUAGCCAUCCUAUCAACAGAAUAUUAUACAAGUUGGUCAACCCCAAAAUUGUAAAAAUACAAACUCAGAAAAGUAAACAGUAUUGAAGCAAUUUAAUUGACUAUAUAAAAGUAGAAUAUCAAUUAUUGUAUGCAUAAUUAUAAAAAACACUUACUAUACCUGUAGUAAUAAUUUACCCAAGCAAAUUAAACGUCAUUCACUGUUCAUAUUACUUGCAAGGGCAGGGUGCGAUAAGCGGACCCGGUUUUUUAUAUCGAAAUUGGCAAACGAUAUUACUUAAUCAUAGCCAUCGAUAUAAUCAAUCGAUACUGAUUAAUUGUUUUGAACAAUUAACUUAAAUAAUCUAUAUCA